CCCUAGGUUUCCUUCUCUCUUUCUUUGAUGAGGCUGAGUUUUUGACAAAGCAAUUCAAUGGAGCUCUUGUAUUACUUUAUUUUCUGUUUCUCCAUUUUCAUCAUCUCAAAACUUCUAUUCCAACAAAAGAAACACUUCCCACCAGCACCAACUGCACUUCCAAUACUAGGCCACCUCCACCUCCUCAAGAAACCACUUCACCGAACGCUAGAAGCUCUUGCAGGCCAAUAUGGCCCAAUUCUAUCUCUCCAAUUCGGCUCCCGAUCUGUCCUCGUUGUUUCCUCUCCAUCGGCCAUCGAAGAAUGCUUCACCAAGAACGAUAUCAUCCUUGCAAACCGGCCUUACUGCUUUGCCGGUGAACAUCUAGCUUACAACUACACAACUGUUGGGUGGUCUCCCUAUGGUCAUCACUGGCGGAUCCUCCGCCGAGUCACCGCCAUCGAAAUCUUUUCAUCAAACAGUCUCCAGACAUCAUCGAUUAUCCGAAACAAAGAGGUCACCCACCUUGUCCGUCAAUUGUAUCGAGGCUCUGAUGGAAAAUUACAGAAAAUUGAAUUGAAAUCCAUAUUUUUUCAACUUACUCUGAAUAUCGCGAUGGAGAUGGUUGCGGCAAAGCGGCUGUUUGGAGAUGAGGACUUUGAUGCAGAGCUGCGGGAGAAGUUUCUUGAAAUGAAGAAGGGGCAAUCCAAUCCAACCAUGUUCAUGAACAUGCUUGAUUUCUUGCCAUUCUUGAGGUGGGUUGGCUUUGUGGGCGAAGAGAAGAAUAUGGUAAGGUUUCAUAGAAAAAGAGAUGCAUUCUUGCAGGGUUUGAUCGAUGAUGAGCGUCGGAAGAGGAUGAGCGAUACUGGAAAGGCUAUGAAUGGGGAAAGGAGGAAGAAGACACUUGUUGAUACUCUCUUGUGCCUUCAACAAGCAGAACCAGAAUAUUAUUCGGACGAUAUUAUCAAAGGCAUCAUAAUGGUCCUGUUCACAGCAGGAACAGACACCUCGGCACUCACCCUGGAAUGGGCAAUGUCACUACUCCUAAAUCAUCCAGAGGCACUGCAGAAGGCCAAGGAAGAAAUUGACAACAAUGUUGAGCAAGGGUGUUUGAUAGAGGACUCAGAUCUUGCCAAGCUUCCCUAUCUCCGUGGUAUCAUCAACGAGACGCUUAGACUGUUUCCUGUAGCACCACUUCUGGUACCUCAUUUCUCAUCUGAAGAGUGCACUAUAGGCGGUUAUGAUGUCCAUCCUGGAACCAUAGUCUUGGUGAAUGCUUGGGCUGUUCAUAAGGAUCCAAAGAUCUGGUUUGAACCCACAAGCUUCAAGCCGGAGAGGUUAGAAGGUAUUGAAGGAGAAAGAGAAGGGUACAAGUUUAUCCCAUUUGGGUUAGGGAGAAGAGGGUGUCCUGGUGCCGGCAUGAGCAUGAGGGUGGUGUCGUCGUUGGCAUUGGGAGCACUACUUCAGUGCUUUGAGUGGGCAAGGGUUAGGCCAGAGAUGGUGGACAUGAGCGAAGUUCAAGGGCUUAGUAUGCCCAAGGCCAAGCCAUUGGAGGUCAUGUAUAUGCCACGCCCAACCAUGAUUAAUCUCUACUCUCAGCUUUGAAACUUUGCUUGUGUGUUUGUGGUGUUUUGGUUCU